CAUCCCAGAGAAGGGGAGGGACACAAACCCAAGAUGGCGUCCUGCGAUGAAGCAGGAAAUAUAUUUCGCUUUCAAUAAUAUUCACGACUGGAGAGGUUUGUUCGGAAGUUGUACGUUUGAAGAAGGCUGAACGGAUUCAUAGACGACUAAAGAAAGAGCAGAUACUCUAAAUGGCUGAGAGGAAGUCUGGAUCAGAUAUCCACAACAAUGGACCUGUCAGCUACCUUGAUGAUGUUCCAUUCAAGCUCAACGAGAAGUUUCGCUGCCCAGCAAAAGUGGGUCUGCCCAUUGGCUUCUGUCUGCCUGACUGUAACGCUUUGCUAGCAGAGACACAGUAUGACUUCAAUCUAGAGAAGCUGACUGUACGUUGGGGGGACGACUUGGCCAAGGCGCGAGCUGCUGAGGCUCGGGAAGCACAAUCCAGGCAGGCAGAAUCAGAAAAAGAAAGACAGGCUGCCUUACAGGACAGUGAUGCUGGAUUGGCUGGUGGGAAAAAGGCUCGUCCUGCAGAGGAGCAGGACCUCCUACCACCGGCAAUGAACCCGGUUCUGGCAGGUCUACGGCACAAUGCGAUCCUUACCCCGCUCCCGGCACCUAGGUUUGGUCCAGCGCAGCCAGCAGCCUGUAAUCCUGCACCUCAGAGUCUCAAUCUUGCUGACUUUGAGCGGGAGGAGGACCCAUUUGACAAGCUGGAGCUGAAGACUCUGGAUGACAAAGAGGAGCUUCGGAACAUCCUCCAGAGCCAGCCGCAGGCAUCAGUAUCCGUCUCGACUCCUGAAAGCACUGCUGGUGAAGACAGCAGUGCACAGCCUCAGCAGACCAAAGCGGGUAUCUUCCAUAAACCCAACGGCCUGGUAGGACUGCUGGACUUUGAGCAGACAGGCACUGGUGGUCUGUCAACCUCCAGGGGACAGAUUGAAGCUGAUCGCCCCUGUAACAUUCGCUCACUGUCUUUCCCCAAGCUGUCAGACUCAGGAGAUUCCCCCACAGACCCUCCCUUCACUAUAUAUCCAGCAGCCUCACAGCGAUGUUUACCCAAUGGUACUCCACUAGCCCUGCUAAGAUCCACACCACAGACCAGUUCUACACUACCCGUGGAGUUACCAGGCCAUGCACCAAAUGGCACACCACAGCAGUCGAACCCCGUCCCUGCGGCUGGUCCUCCCUCAUAUUCGGCAUCAUUGGGUGGGCUCUCGCCCAGCGCGCGGCAGUGUGUGGAGACUCUAGUAGGCAUGGGCUACUCUUACGAAGGCGUGCUCAAAGCCAUGCAGAGACAAGGGCAGAACGUAGAACAGGUGCUAGAGUACCUUUUUGUCCACAGUCGAUUGUGUGAGCGAGGCUUUGAUGCCCCAGCAGUUGAAGAAUGUUUGGAAAUUUAUCAGUGUUCAGAGGAAAAGGCUCUGCAGUUUCUGCAGUUGAUGUCCCGAUUCGGGGAGAUGGGCUUUGAGAGAGACACCAUUAAAGAGGUCCUAUUAGUGCACAAUAAUGACCAGGAUAAAGCUCUGGAGGACUUAAUGGCUCGUGCGGCUGCAAGCUGAACCAGAGCAGUGUCUCAUCCUUGAUCCGCCCUCCUUUGCUCUUAAAAAAUGCACCACAGAGAAGAGAGAGAGGGAGAUGGGAGGAGGAGGAGUAUUUGAGUAAGAGCAGCAGAGGUAGGCGUGUAGCAAGGGUAUCUGAGCCUGGACAAGUGAACACGUAUCCCUUAAAAAAAACAACAAAAAAACAUGCCCUUCAUGGUAGGGUCUGAUUCAUCCGACCUCAGCUCUGACCCAAUUAAGUGAUCUUUGUUAAGUGAUUGUGGGCAAGAGGACACUGAGCUGUCCUUCCUUUUUCAUCGCCAUAGAAACAAGACAUGGGGCGGUGCCUAGGACGGGGGCAGAGAGGAGAGCCACGAGGGUGUGAUUCCACAUGAAAUGGACUUGCAGCAUCGCUGCUAUGUUUUUCAUAAGUGAUGAGAACUUAAUACUUGCUCAUACACAUACCAUGUCUGAACAGAGACUUUAAAGUGCCCUUUCUGUUCUUGCCACCAACUGGUUCCUCAUUUUGUUUUUCUUCCAUCUGUCUCUGCUGUACAUCCUUUUAAUCGUACGUUUAUCUGUUUCCCUGUUUGACCAGCAAAGACAGCCAUUUUGUUUUAAGUUCUGGUUUGUUUGCCCUCUGCUAUAGGAAGUGCAUUAACAGAUCUUAUGACCCCAAUGCAUCGAGAGAAAACAAGACGACAAAUACCCGAAAGGAAAAACUGCAGCCGAGCAACCUUUACACUGGAAAGGAAAGAGAAACUGAAGUGUUUCUGCAAAUGCAAUAUUUAUGUGUCGAUGCAUCUUCGUACAGAUGACUUGCAAGGCUGAAAAGGCACAAAGAUUCAUAGAUAUUAAUAUAAAUGUAUUUAAAUUUGUUCAAGAUACACUGACACCUUCAAUCUGUAAUAAAGACUUGGAAAUUCUUUA